CACACUUCCAACACAGUAAAAGCAAUCAAUUGAGAACGCGACACAAGGCACGCAUUAACAAACAACUUUAUGGAUCACUUGAGCUGAGGCAGUGUUAGCACCUGUUUGUUAAUCUGCCCAUUCUCACGACAACUGGACUAUCGCCAUGGAAUAAGAUCUCAGCUUCCACUCUCCAGGAGGGAUUGUAUUUCAACGUGCAAGAUUGGGUCACCGUCACUCAUCAGCUGGUCGGUACCUGUUGACGUUGAUGACCGGUAUUGACGGCGGAAUUAGUUGGUGCCAAACGCAACCGUGAUAAUGGAACUGAAAAGCCUUUUCCUUGUGUUAACCCUUAGCUGUGGUGUUCUUUGUACUGUGUACAACCAAUCGGAGAAUGCCGGAUCGAAGGUUCUCACAAGAAGGAAACGAUUUCUUCUAUUUCCACCCGGUGCUAAUAUUCUGGUAUGUGUAUACGUCUUGCUAGAAUUGGAUGUUUUUUUCUCAUUCAAUAUUACUCUACUUCAGCUAACGUCCUCUUUCGGUAAAGGAUUGGUAUUUCGUGGUCCUGCCGGUUAUGUUGCAGUUGGGGAGCUUGAUCUGUACUAUCCACUGCCCGAUUACAAGUAUCACGCGAGUGCACUAAAGCUGGGUAAGAUCGCGAUGUAUCCACCGGAACCGAAAAAGCCACCACCUCCACCACCUCCACCUCCACCACCACCACCUCCACCUGCACCCAUGAAAGACGAUCAUCAUCACCAUAAUGGAGGUGAAUUGUCACCAGCUGAAGUGGACCAAUAUCUGAAAGAUCAUCCAGGAACUUGGGUACCACCGGGAUGGGGCAAAGAACGGGCAGAUUGGAACACGAAUAACUUGCAGUACCAGUCAGGAUAUUGGGCCCAGGACCGUACACAGAAUCCGUACCAAUAUCCAUCAAACACGUUAGAUCGUUAUCUGGGCGGAUAUUCGGACGGUUCCACCGGUUACUUCGGAUGGACCGAGAGGCCUUACGAUCGUUACCGAAGAUCACUUCUCCAACAGACGCUUGACGACGAAGAGACGGAAGAACAUGAACGUACCAAGUGGUUGAGUGGUGAAACGUUCAACAUAAGCCACCACAGUAACUGGGAACACUUUCAUCACUAUCGGGAUCGACGAGCACUGUUCAGUCAUUUGGAGGAAACCAUCGGUUCGAUUACCGGAUUUCACAUGAAGGAGUGUAUUCUGAGAAGUAUAUGCGAGGCAAAGAAUAUGCUGCCACCACCGGGCCGAUCGAUGGCGAUGGAUAUCUUUCGUGUGCUGUUUAGCUUUCCGCUGAACGAAGCAUUAACUGACGAUUACAGCAAUGCGAUGCGCGAUGAAAGUAUCGAUUGCCGGGGACGGUAUGGCAAUGGAUGCCCGAUGAGUUUGCUAGAAUUAGUGCUGUUCGGAAAAUUUGAAACAUAGAGCAAUGGGGAUGGUUUUAUGUUUUUUUUUUUAAUGUUUAUUAGGAAAUAAAUUCACUUUACUCGAUCAUUUCUGCCUCUCACAUAAACCCGUACGGUGUUGAAUAUUUCCCUAGUGCC